ACCCACAUCCUCAUGGAUACUUGUUGGGUUCUUAACCUGCUGAACCACAACAGGAGCUCCAUACAAAUUCACUUUUAAAUAUUCAGCUCAGGCAAUACCCCCUAGAAGCCUCUCUUGACUACCCUAAGGUAAUAUUGAGCACUUUGUCCCUUGUGCUUCUAAUGUCUUCUGUAGAAAAGUCAGUGUAUUUUGUUUCACUUGUUUAUUUGCAUGUGUAUUUCUUUUGGCUAGUCUAUGAUUUGCUUGAGGCUAGGCAUUAUAUCUCAUUUAUCUUUGCAUCCCCAGGACUCAGGCUCAAUAUAUAACAUAAAGUGAGUGCUUAACAAAUAUUUGUUGAAUUACACAUCUUAAACCCUGUUCUAGCUGAAAUAAUCUGUGUGUGGUUUGUUGAGCCUACUUUUGUUUCCUUGUUUGGAAUACUCAAGGGGCUUUAAAAUGUAAUAGUUGAGAGCAUGGAUAUUGGAGCCAGCCUGCCUGAGCUUAAAUCCUGCCUCAGCCACUCUUUAAUUGUGUAAACCUUUGGCAAGUUGUCUAAAUUCUUUGUGCCUCCGUUUCUUAAUAUGUUAAGUGAAAAUAAUUGUUACUGCAGUGUAAGUGUUGUUUGACUUUUUUGACUUAUUCUAGUUUCAAGUUAUCAAAGGAAUGACUGAUAUAUAGGUAUUUAGUUUCCUUUUCUUUCCUGCUUAGUGAGGAAGAUUCUAGCAUUAGUGUCUCAACCAUAUCUACAUGUGGAUAAAUCACAGCCCCAUGUCUCCUGUACAAUACGAGGGCUGCACAUCAUUGCACAGUGGCAUCACAUGGUUGGGAAGGAGUGCCUUUUAUGAACGCCAUUACAGACACACAAGUACAUGCACACAGUCCUAACACAUCAGAUCAGAAAAAGUUUAUGAAAGUAAAAUGGCUUAGGGAUUCUGCAGUGUUGAUCUUUCUUAAGUUAUUUUCCUCCUUUUGGAAAACUUUGCAUUUAUAGUCAACCCCAGGCUGAGGUUAACUUGCCAGGAGCAGGUUUGAGAGAUGAGAACUAACGUCAGGGGAUAGAUAUUUUCUUUUACAAAUAACACCCUGUUAUGUAUUGUUCUCCACCACCCACGCCUAAGCUGCUACUCGACCUAUGAAACAAUUCGCACCACGAACACAGAUAACCCCAGGCUUCAGGUCUGUAAUCUGACUGUGGCCAUCAGCAGCCAGAAAUGAGUUUCUUUCUAAUCAGUCCUGCAUCAGUUCCCAGUCAUUCAUAUAAAGGAGCCUGGAGAGAGGAGGAUUUGCAUUGCUUUUUCUUCAGCACCAGGGUCCUGGACAGCGCCCCAAGAGGUCCGCUGCUUGCAAUCCUCUGCUCUCUCUAUCUCUGCCGUGCUGAUAUUGCCCCUCUAGUCCCCCCUGCUGCAGAGAAAGAAAAUUACAUCGGGAUCCAUGCAGCCGGCAAUGAUGAUGUUUUCUAGUAAAUACUGGGCAAGGAGAGGGCUUUCUCUGGAUUCAGCAGUGCCUGAAGAGCAUCAGCUGCUUGGCAGCUUAACACUAAAUAAAAGUAACUCUGGCAAAAAUGAUGAUAAAAAAGGCAACAAGGGAAGCGGAAAAAGUGACACUGCUACCGAGAGCGGCAAGACUGCAGUUGUAUUCUCCCUCAAAAAUGAAGUUGGUGGAUUGGUCAAAGCACUGAAGCUCUUUCAGGAAAAACAUGUCAAUAUGGUUCACAUUGAGUCCAGGAAAUCCCGGCGAAGAAGUUCGGAGGUUGAAAUCUUCGUGGACUGUGAGUGUGGCAAAACGGAAUUUAAUGAGCUCAUUCAGUCACUGAAAUUUCAAACCACAAUUGUGACGCUGAAUCCACCAGAGAACAUUUGGACAGAGGAAGAAGAGCUGGAGGAUGUGCCCUGGUUCCCCCGGAAGAUCUCCGAGUUAGACAAGUGUUCUCACAGAGUUCUCAUGUAUGGCUCUGAGCUGGACGCUGAUCACCCAGGAUUUAAAGACAAUGUCUAUCGACAGAGAAGAAAGUAUUUUGUGGAUUUGGCCAUGGGUUAUAAAUAUGGUCAGCCCAUCCCCAGGGUGGAGUACACGGAGGAAGAAACUAAAACUUGGGGCAUUGUAUUCCGAGAGCUCUCCAAACUCUAUCCCACUCAUGCUUGCCGGGAGUAUUUGAAAAACUUCCCUCUGCUGACUAAAUACUGUGGCUACAGGGAGGACAACGUGCCUCAACUUGAAGAUGUCUCGGUUUUUCUGAAAGAAAGGUCUGGCUUCACAGUGAGGCCAGUGGCUGGAUACCUGAGUCCACGAGACUUUCUGGCAGGACUGGCCUACAGAGUGUUCCACUGUACUCAGUACGUCCGCCAUGGCUCGGAUCCCCUCUACACCCCAGAACCAGACACAUGUCAUGAACUCCUGGGACAUGUACCUCUACUUGCGGAUCCUAAGUUUGCUCAAUUUUCACAAGAAAUAGGCCUGGCAUCUCUGGGAGCAUCAGAUGAAGAUGUUCAGAAACUAGCCACAUGCUAUUUCUUCACGAUUGAGUUUGGCCUUUGCAAGCAAGAAGGGCAACUGCGGGCAUAUGGAGCUGGACUGCUUUCCUCCAUUGGAGAAUUAAAGCAUGCUCUUUCUGACAAGGCAUGUGUGAAAGCCUUUGACCCAAAGACAACUUGCUUACAGGAAUGCCUUAUCACAACUUUCCAGGAAGCCUACUUUGUUUCAGAAAGUUUUGAAGAAGCCAAAGAAAAGAUGAGGGACUUUGCAAAGUCAAUUACCCGUCCCUUCUCUGUCUACUUCAAUCCUUACACACAGAGUAUUGAAAUUCUGAAAGAUACCAGGAGUAUUGAAAACGUGGUGCAGGACCUCCGCAGUGAUUUGAACACAGUGUGUGAUGCCUUGAACAAGAUGAACCAAUAUCUGGGGAUUUGAUGCCUGGGACCAGUGUCGUUGCCAGCAUGAUUUUGGGGGGCUUAGCGUCAGUUCAGUCAAUGACCUAUAACACCAAUGGCUUUCUGUGUCAUGGCUUGGCUAGUGAGCAUGUAACUCUGUAUAUUUCUACCUACUUGUAGCUUAUUGUGAUCAUAUGUGAAACACUAUAAAAAAUCCAAUGACAUAACCACUCAUUAUGUGAAAGAUCGUAAUACCUUUAAAUGUCUUAAAUAGAUUUGACAUUCUUGCUUAAUGUCCUUAACCAAGCUAUUUAAAUUUGGUAGCAAAUAGCCCUCUUAUGAUUCUAGCUUGUGACCUUUACUUUCUCAGAUCUGAGCCUUUCCUCUGUGUUCAUUAGAUAAAAUGAAAAUAGCAGUGAAACUGUUCCUAUUUACUCUAGUAUCAGUGUUUUCACAGCUCUUAUUUGAGAUAAACCUAGAAUUGUAUGAAACUUCCCAGCACGUUAACAAAAGAUUCAGUAUUCUGCUUCAAAAAUUAAAAGCGGUGAACACACUAGUUAGAGUGGUUUUUAGGUUGAUUAUCUAUUUGUAAGAAAAAAGAAUUUUUUACAAAUAGUAUAUAUAUAUAUAUACUAUAUAUAUUGACCUUGUAGAAGCUGAGUUGUGGCAUGCUUCCCAAGGUAUUUUGGAAGAAAACACUUCCUGAGAGGACAUUAGGAAAGAUUAAGCAGUGGGGAAUAAAUCUUGGGACUAUGAAUUUUAUGCUGGAAUGAGGUGAUUUAUCAUGCUCAGGUGUUUAACCCUUUUCUCUUGGAGAACAAUAAUAUAAUAGAGCUUUGAUUUCAAUGAUGUAGAAGCUGAGUCUCAGAAAGGUUGUGAUUUGCCCCAAGUAGCUCAUUUAGUUAUACAGCAACACUUAUAGCCCAUCACAUCUCACUUUUGGGUUGCUAAGUCCUUCAACUUGGUGUAUGUAUGUAUUUAUGAUGUGUCAUCAUAAAAGGGAAACUGAUGCUUAUCAAAACUAAUAUUUAUCUCUAAAUAGGACCUGGUUUGUGAUAAAGGGUUGACAAUAGUACAGAUGUUUCCUUGCACAGCUAGAUCUCUGGGAGUCUGUCCACUUGCCCAAAGUUUAGGCAAAUGUGGGUAAACAAUAGUGAUCCACCGUAAAUUUCCAGUCAUCUUUGCCAGAAGAGGUAUUAUCAAGUAAUUAAGUGAUCAAAUAAAAAGUUGCUGAACGAGUGAAUGAA